UUCAUCAAAAAGUUCAUUUUUCCACUUAAUCGCGCCACCUGCAUUUCAGUCUAUACAACAUAAACCAGAUGGCGCCAUCUAAGCCGGAAAUAAAACAAUUACGAAAAAUCAUUUUCUUCAUUCCCAGAGUAGUCCCUCUCUUGUAGGAAGAAAAGACGCCUCAAAAGAUGGCGUAUUUUUGACAAAAACACCACGCCAACUACCACUGCGAUUAUUUUUUGAUAAAUAUUUCCCUCAAAAUCGUAUCAAAAACAAAAAUGCAAAUGUGCAUUAAAUUCCUCAAUAUUUGUAAAAUAUUUCUAAAUAUAUUAUAAAACAAUUAUGUGCUCACUUUCAAUGUAGUUUUAAUUUUUCCAUUGCCAACUAAAGAAUAUUUCAUGAUGCAUUAGUGAAUUUUGAGAGAAGAGAAAAAAAAAUCUGAGAACGAAAAAAAAAAUACAAUUUUGCGAUAGGAAGACGUCGCAAAAAUUACUCCACAUCUUGCUGAGUGAAUUAUAACAAAGUGAAAAACAAUUUAUUCCAAAAGUUGAUGUUUUAAAUUUCCAAUUUUCAUUGGGAAAAAACUUGUUAAGUUUUUUUUUUAGUUAUUUCUUGGUGGAUUUUUUGAUUGAAAAUUUGCACCUGCACAGAAAAAAAGUACCACCCAAGCACAAAAGGGACGAGACGUAAUUCAAAAUGACGGAUAUAGUGUACCCGAAUGGGUGUAGGGCGCUCACCGAGGAUCUGGGUACUGAUGAACUAAUAAGAAGACUAAAAACUCUAGCUCAUACACUUCAGGCAAUGGGACAAGAUGAUGGACUAUAUCAACAAUACAUCCCAUUGGCAUUACAUCUAGUCGAUGAAUUUUUCCUUCAACAUCCAUCACGUGAUGUUCAAUUACUAGUAGCAUGUUGUAUUGCAGAUGUUCUACGUGUAUACGCACCUGAAGCGCCAUACAAAGACCAAGAACAAAUAAAACAAAUUUUUUUAUUCUUCAUUAAACAAUUGCAUGGUCUCAGAGAUCCUAAAGAUCCAUCAUUCAAGAGAUAUUUUUAUCUCUUAGAGAAUCUAGCUUAUGUUAAAUCAUUCAAUAUGUGCUUUGAAAUAGAAGACUGUCAGGAGAUCUUUGGUCAAUUGUUUUCCAUGAUGUUUAAAAUUAUUAAUGAUGAACAUAGUGGAAAAGUUAAAAACUUUAUUGUUGAUAUACUUAGUCCAUUGAUAACUGAGGCUGAUAAUUUUACCGUCGAUCUAUUAGAUCUGAUUCUAAUCAAUAUUGUUGAGCCAUUAAAAACAUCAAACAAACAUGCUUAUCAUCUGGCCAGAGAGUUGAUUGUUAAGACAAGUGAUUCAUUAGAAUCAGUCAUUAAAAUUUUUUUCAAUCAAGCUCUUAUAAUGGACAAAAUGGAUAAGAACUAUCAGAUUUCACCUAAAAUCUAUGAUCUCAUCUAUGAGCUUAAUGUUAUCAAUCCACAAAUAUUGUGUUCAAUUUUGCCACAUAUGGAAUGCAAGCUCAAGUCUACCAAUGAAGUUGAACGACAAAAGGCCGUUACUUUACUUGCUCGAAUGUUCUCCGAGAAAGGCUCUACACUUUCAAAGAAAUACCCCACUUUGCUUCGUAUGUUCUUUGGGCGAUUUUGUGACAUUGCUGUAUCGAUACGCAUUAAAUGCGUUCAAAGUUCAAUGCAUUUCCUUCUCAAUCAUCCGCAUCUACGCGGUGAUAUAAUUGAUAAUUUGAAAAUUCGCCAACACGAUUCUGAUGAAACAGUUCGUUAUGAAGUUGUAAUGGCAAUUGUUGAAACUGCCAAACGAGAUUUCAAGGUGGUAUGUGAGUCUGAGGAUUUGCUAGAAUUUGUUAAAGAACGCACCCUCGAUAAGAAAUUCAAGAUACGCAAAGAGGCCAUGAAUGGGUUGGCAAUGAUCUAUAAACAAACAUUAUGUGAACCAAAUGAUAUCCCAGAAGCAACUAAAAAUGCAGUCGAUUGGAUUAAGAAUAAAAUUCUACAUGGUUAUUAUAUGCCUGGCAUCGAGGAUCGUCUAUUGGUUGAAAGACUAUUGAUUACAUGUUUGGUGCCGUAUAAAUUAGAUGCAACUGAACGAAUGAAGAAAUUAUAUCAUCUUUUGGGAACUUUGGAUGAAAAUGCUACCAAAGCUUUUAUUGAAUUGCAAAAAAGUCAAAUGAAAAUUCGCAAAACAGUUAGUGAUUGGGUAAAAUUACACCAUCAAAAGGAGAUGACAACUAAGCUGCAGAAGGAGCUUAAUGCUAAACUAGCUGCUAUAACCAAAUUACUGCCUGAUCCAUUGAAGGCAAGUGAAUAUCUAACGAAAUUCACUGUGAACAUGAGAAAAGAUCCAGUGCUAUUGCGUUGCAUGGAAACCAUUCUUAAACGUGACGUUUCGUGUAAAGAAUGCGCUGAUACAAUGUCAACUUUGUUGAAAAAACUGGGUAAUCCUAUUAUGACCAACUUGUAUUACAAUACAGUUAAAAUGUUGUUGGAGAGAAUAGCUUCCGUGAUGGUUGAUAGAGAAUCAAUUGGUAUUUUAGUUGGACUUGUUGAAAAUUGUAUGCAAGAUGGAGAAAUGGUUGAUGAAGUUGGUAUUCGACGUGAAGAGGCCGGUGAACGUGGCUUGAGACUAUUAACAGUUCUUUCCUAUAUAUUCUCUGCACACUUCUUAAACAAGACCACAAUGCGCCACAUGAUUGCCUUAAUGAGCUAUGAUGUCCCAUAUGCGGCGCCUCUAAUUCUAAAAGCAUUCACUCAUUUGGGACGUUAUAAGCCACUUUGUGAUGUCGAUAAUACCGUUCUCAAUGAGAUGGUACCUAUAUGUCGUGAAUUUGCUUUAUCUGGAACUGUCAAACAAGCCAAGCAUGCUGUGCGUUGUAUUUUCAUUAACACACAAUCUACCACAUCCGAACCGGAUCAACCACCAGUUGUACAUCCCAUGUUUCCACAAAUUAUUGACGUCCUCAAAUCAACAUUUGGCCCGAACUGUGAACAUUAUCGAACUAAGGUUGUGUGCUUAGGUCAUAUUGCCUAUAACAUGCCAUCGGCGUUCCAAACACAAAUCAAAAAUAUGAUUGCAAGACGCGUUGUUAAAGAGUUGCUCAUUCAAGGAAUACCCGAAAAUCGUCCAUAUGUUUUACCAACUGAGGAAUGGUGUGAGGAAUCAGCACUACCUGCGGACACAUUAUGCAAAUUGGAUGCCCUCAAAACAAUGGCUCGUUGGCUGUUGGGCUUGAAAACAGAUGAACACUCGGCACAGAAGACAUUCCGUAUGCUAAGUGCGUUCAUCAAUCAGCGAGGUGAUUUACUAGAACAAAAUAGAUUGUGUCCAGCUGAGAAAUCGUGGCUGCGUUUAACUGCUGCUUGUUCAAUGUUGAAGAUUUGUGAGCAAAAAGGUGUGGGAGAUCAGUAUAGUAGUGAACAGUACUUUAAUCUGUCUCAGUUGAUGUUUGAUCCAGUCCGAGAAGUUAGAGAAAUUUUUGUUAAAAAACUGCACAAGGGUCUUAAUAAAGGACUGCCAAAUAAAUGUUUGCCUCUUGAUUUUAUGGGAUUCUAUGCCUUGUGUGGACACGAGAAAGAUAAGAAACUUAUAGAACAAAUGAAGCAUUAUAUUGACUCUGAUGUAAGCAGAAGAAGGGAAUACAUGAAAACAAUUGCAACAACUACACCACAAGAUUGUGCAGCGACUAAGAUCUUACCUGACUACAUGCUGUCAUUUGCAAUUCCAGUUUUAGCCCAUGAUCCACAAUUUACAAAUUAUGAAGAUAGAGCACAGCUGAAAGACGUUGAAAAAUGUCUGCGAUUUACUUUGGAACCUCUAUUGGCCAACAAAGACACAUUUUCAUAUGGAUUUUAUAAAAAUCUUGUUGAAGAAAUUAAGAAUCACGAAGAUGCGACACCAAAUGCAGAUGAUAAUGCGUAUAAUUUUAAAAUGUGGGCAAUAUGUGAUCUUGCAAUGCACAUCAUCAAUUCCAAAGUUGGCGUGUGCGAUAGUCGAGACUUCUCAUUUACGAUUCACCUGCCAGAAAUGUACUAUAAGCCCGUACCAGAUUUUCAAAAUCGAAAAGUCUACAUCCCCCUGGAUAUUUUGGAAAAUAAUUCUGUGCCAAAGGCUGGUACAUUUGUAAAUAUUUCAAAUGAUAGAAAAAAACCGACAACGUUUCCUUUACAAAAACGUCAAUCCUCGCUUCCACCCAACAACAACCAAUCGACUGAUUUCGAUGAUCUUUCAACAACAAAGGAAGAAGUAAAAACUGAAACUAAAUUAAAGAAUGAAAAUCUUUCAGCUUUUGAUAAUAUCAAAAGUGAGCAAUCAGAAGAUGAACCACCAGCGCCAAAAAGAACAAAAACGACGAGAGGUGAUCCGUAAGCCGGUUGACCCCGCCGCCCCCACCCAUAUAAGCAAAACAAUUCAAACAGUGAACUCAUCACAUAUAAUUUUUUUUUUAUAUAAAUAUUUUUUGUUUUGUUAUUGAGAAAGUACAUUUGUAAGAGAGUUUAUAGUAUUUGUUCAUUAACGAAAUGAAACAGUUAUUGUUUUUGUUUCGUGCUAUUUAAAACUUCUUUUAGUUUUAAAAGUCAUCGAUAUACAUAAAUAAAAAUCAAAAACCAGAAAAACAAAAACAAAAAAUAUUCAUGGAAUUAGCUCUGUAAAAUAAAUAAUAAUAUUAAUAAAGUCUAUAUAAAAAUAGAUGUCAAAGAUUCUUUAGGUUUCUUUUUAAAAUAAUUAUUACAAUCGUUUCUUAUGUUCUGUUAGAUUUUUCCUAAUUUUAUAUAUUUUAUUCCUUAUUUUUUUUAUUAAGUUAUGUUUAAGCCAAAUUUUGAGUGAAAGAGAGAU